GAAAGCCGAGUUGAGAUGCCUGAGCCCGCGAAGUCCGCUCCCGCCCCGAAGAAGGGCUCGAAGAAGGCGGUGACCAAGGCGCAGAAGAAGGACGGCAAGAAGCGCAAGCGCAGCCGCAAGGAGAGCUACUCGGUGUACGUGUACAAGGUGCUGAAGCAGGUGCACCCCGACACCGGCAUCUCGUCCAAGGCCAUGGGCAUCAUGAACUCGUUCGUCAACGACAUCUUCGAGCGCAUCGCGGGCGAGGCGUCGCGCCUGGCGCAUUACAACAAGCGCUCGACCAUCACGUCCCGGGAGAUCCAGACGGCCGUGCGCCUGCUGCUGCCCGGGGAGCUGGCCAAGCACGCCGUGUCCGAGGGCACCAAGGCCGUCACCAAGUACACCAGCUCCAAGUGAGUGCUGGGAGGCACGAUCCAACCCAAAGGCUCUUUUCAGAGCCACA